AUGCGGAAGAUAUUCAACAGGAAAAGACAGAGUCAGACAGAUGGUGUGGAGGAGAGCCCGAUCGAGUCCUACUAUGCUCCCUCUAACGGGCGCCAGUCGAAUCCGGUCGAGGGGAAAUCCUUUCUUGCGGUCCCUACACCCUCGGAGUCCAAACGGAGCAGUCCGCUGUCGGAGGAAAAUCUCAAUCUUGCGGAAAGUCAUCUCUCUCCUACUUCUUCGAGUCAUGACUGCUUGACUUCAGGUGGAAUGAGUGGGGUGGCUUCACGGAGGCGGCGGGCAACUCUGCCCAGUGUGAUCUUUUCAGACGACGAAUCUCGUUAUGCAGUUGCUUCGGCAAUUUCAGACCCCCACGAGGAUCGACCGCACGUGUCCGACCCCCAAUUAAGACGCAGCAUUCUUCAAGAGCGACGAAGGUCGAGAAGUACGGAUGCUCUGCGGGAAAUGGUUGUUGAGCGACCAAUGUCGGCUACAGCCUUGCCGACUUGGACAGCCUCGGUGCCAACUCCCGCGCCAGAGACUAGAACUUCCCCUCUUGAAGCGAGCACAGCGAGCGACCCCUCUGCUAGACCGUCUACCGGGACAACAGUGACUAGUGUCACUCGUGCGUCGGCCACGCCAUCCCUCGUCGAAUCCGAUCAACAUGCGGAGCAAAUGAGCCUUCCGCCCAACAUGAGCAGUCUAGUUCACAGUAUGCAACAAGACGCCGGUCUGACUGUUGAGCAGCGCCUGAAUACCAUCGAAGUAAAGAUGAUCGACUUGGAAUUCGCUAUAGCUCGGAUGCAAAGCAGCUCGGCUAGUUCAAAUGAGAACCCGCACACAGAACGAUCAUCUCGACAGAGGCAAACCCCAUCUACCGAUUCCCUCACUCCUAAUCUGCGCAAUAAGACCUCUGGGCUCACUGGGUCACUUGAACGUGAUGAAUCCCCGAGUCCCUUGGCAGCUCUCCCAACAAUGCGACCAGCAAGCACCAGCACCAUUCGCCCCGACACAAUGAACUCCCGCAUCCUCCGACCCACCCCUUCCGCUACAUCCUUAUCUGAUUUCAACGGUGUUUCCAUCGAGCAAUACAGCACCUUGGUCACACUUCUUCGCCGCGAACAAACAGCGCGAAGGAAUCUUGAAAGCCAGGUUUCCGGCCUACGCGAUGAUCUCCGCCACAUCCAGCGCGCAGCAUUACACUCAAUGGAGCUCGGCACAAUGUAUCCAAUCCACAGCGUUGACUCACAGGAAUUUCUUCGAUUCCGCCGUGCUCUAGACGACUCGGAUUCAUCGUCACCUAUCCGGCCGGAUGAAAAGCAAAACAUUGCUUACGAUAAUGCCUCAGAUUGGGAUCCACAUGGGCAUGUUGAUGAUCCAUUUUCUCCACCCAAGUGGGAGCAUGGACAGCGAACAGUGGCCCCGUCCAUGAUUUAA